AUGAAUGGAACACAGUCCAUGUUGAGCUGCUUUAACCCUGCAGCGAGAAGAAUUGGUGAAACCUUUGCUUACUGCGUAUUAUUUGUUGUAUCGCUGGUUGGAAAUACCCUCAUCGGGUUUAUCGUGUACAAGACGAAAACCCUACAAAAGCCCAUCAACUUUUUCAUUGUAAACAUGGCCAUGUCCGAUCUGCUGUUUCCGAUUUUCCUGUUUCCUCGGGAACUAGUUUCGUCACACAGCGAUUCUUUUCCCUGGUUAAUCGGCGGUACUCUAGGCGAAGUGUUGUGUAAACUGGUUCCAUUCGCGAUAGAUAUCUCCACUUCGGUUUCCAUCUUGAGCCUGGUGCUGAUAGCAGUGGAUCGAUUUGAAGCUGUGGUAUUUCCUCUACGUUUCCUAUUGAUCAGUUCAAAGCAGUGUCGGUUCUUCGUUCUCGCCACUUGGAUCAUCGCCAUGGCAGUCCAUUGCCCUCACCUGCUCGUUCUCAAGGUUGUCGAACAUCAAAAGAAGCUUUUGUGCGUGAUACAAUUGGAUGGCGUAUUUGGUGACUAUUUGUCCCACCUAAACUACAUGACUGCAUUGUCUGUUGCAUUCUUUUAUGUCCCUUUGGCUUUAAUUUCCGUACUUUACACUGCAAUUGCCUUAAAAAUCAAAUUGCAGAAGACUCCAGGCGAACAAACAGCUAGCGGCAGAGACCAACGUUUGAAGCGAGAGAGACAUGUUAUCAAGAUGUCUGUUGCAAUCGUGUUGGUGUUCGCAGUAUGCUCGCUGCCACGCGGUAUCUGGUGGUUUUUGAGGCGCUUUUCAUCAGACAGAACCAUGUUAUCUUGUUUCGUUCCGCUAACGUCACCAGCUGCAAAUGUGUUCAGUAAAGACAUUGCCGCUUUUCACAAAUGUCAGUGA